UUCUGGAGCGGAUUGGAUCCCGGAGUCAGGACUGGAUAAAUGACGGGUCUUUUGCUGAAAAGGUGGAAAUAAUGGCUGAACACACACCAGAUGAGUUCAUCUGGUGCGAGGACUGUGGUCAGUACCAUGACACCGAGUGUCCGGAGCUCGGCCCUCUGGUGACCGUCCAGGACUCGUUCGUCCUCAGCCGGGCCCGCUCGUCUCUCCCCAACAGCCUGGAGAUCAGGGAGGUGGCCGGCGGCGGGGAGGGGGUGUUCGUCCUGCGCCGGCUGGUCAAGAGGACUCGCUUCGGCCCGUUUGAGGGGAGGAGAGUCGCCCGGCUGGAGAAGGAGGGAGCGUUCCCGUUAAAGAUCUUCCAGAAGGACGGCGUGGUUCUGUGUCUGGACUCCAGCAGCGAGGAGGACUGUAACUGGAUGAUGCUGGUGCGGCCCGCCUCCGACCACCAGCACCAGAACCUGACGGCGUACCAGCAGGACGACGACGUGUACUUCAACACCUCGCAGGACGUGCUGCCGGGCGCCGAGCUCAGGGUCUGGUAUGGAGCCUUCUACGCCAAGAAGAUGGAGAAGCCGGUGCUGAGGCCGCUGCUGCAGCCGCCGCUGCCUCCACCAGAGGCGCCGGAGAAAACUGGAGUCCUCGUUCACUCGGCGGCUGAAGAUAACGCAGACGCCAUGCUGGGUCGCCUCGGCGAGAUCAAGGCGGUGGCGGAGCUGCCGGUGGACUCGCUGCUGCCCCUGGAGGAGAGCCUGGGAGGCCCCGUGGAGGAAGAGGAGGAGGAAGACGAGGAAGAGGAGAAGCAAAGCCGCCCGCCGCAAGUCCAGCGCGCCCCCAAGAGGGGGCCCAGCCGGGGGAGGAGGGCGAAGGGACGGCGACCCGGCGGUGCUACAGCCGCCGCCAGCAAACACAAAGAUGUGAAGCCGUCAGAGGACAGCUCGGUGCCGGUGACCCCGGACGCCGCCGCAGUCACAGCGGGGAGCGGCGGUGGCGGCGGCGGCGGCGGCGGCCGGCUGAGCGCUCCGGACGGCGGCGGCGGCGUCCUGAAGAGACACAAAUCCAGAGAGCACAAGAGGGUUUACCGCUGCUCCCUCUGCAGCAAGGUCUUCCAGAACAGCAGCAACCUCAACAGACACAUCCGCUCCCACGGUGACAAGCUGUUCAAGUGUGACGACUGUGACAAGCUGUUCAGCCGCAAGGAGAGUCUGAAGCAGCACAUCUCCUACAAGCACAGCAAGACGGCGCCCGACCAGGAGUACAAAUACAAAUGUAACACGUGUGAGAAAUCCUUCCGCCUGGAAAAUGCCUUAAAGUUCCACAACUGCCGCACAGACGACAAGACGUUCCAGUGUGACAUCUGCUCGCGCUUCUUCUCCACCAACAGCAACCUGUCCAAGCACAAGAAGAAGCACGGCGAGAAGCUCUACUCCUGCGAGAUCUGCAACAAGAUGUUCUACCGCAAGGACGUCAUGCAGGAGCACCACCGGAGGCACGGCGUGGGACCGAAGCACAUGAAGAAAGAGGAGCUGGAGGCCAACGGAGAGGAAGGCACCAAGUACAGGAAGGAGCCGUCGCCGUGUCCCAUCUGUGGCAAGGUGUUCUCCUGCAGGAGCAACAUGAACAAGCACCUGCUGACUCACGGCGAUAAGAAGUACACCUGCGAGAUCUGCGGCCGCAAGUUCUUCCGAGUGGACGUGCUGCGGGAUCACAUCCACGUGCACUUCAAGGACAUCGCCUUGAUGGACGAGCAGGAGAGAGAAGACUUCAUCAGGAAGAUCGGCAUCUCGCCCGGCGACAGCGACGACAGCGACGAGGACGAGGAGGACGACGACCCCGAGCGCCACAAGUACAACUGCAAGAAGUGCCAGCUGUCCUUCGCCAAGGGGAGGGAGUACCUGAAGCACAUCACGGAGCAGCACAAGGAGCGCGGCUACGGCUGCGGCAUCUGCAACCGCCGCUUCGCGCUGAAGGCCACGUACAACGCCCACCUGGUGAUCCACAGGGAGCAGCUGCCCGACCCGGCCGUGCAGAAGUACAUCCACCCCUGUGAGAUCUGCGGCCGCAUCUUCAACAGCAUCGGGAACCUGGAGCGUCACAAGAUCAUCCACACGGGCGUGAAGAGCCACGGCUGCGACAAGUGCGGCAAGUCGUUCGCCAGGAAGGACAUGCUGAAGGAGCACCUCAGGGUUCACGACGACAACCGCGACUACCUCUGCGCAGAGUGCGGGAAAGGCAUGAAGACCAAACACGCUCUGCGGCACCACAUGAAGCUGCACAAGGGCAUCAAGGAGUACGAGUGCAAGGAGUGCAACCGCAAGUUCGCCCAGAAGGUCAACAUGCUGAAACACUACAAGAGACACACGGGGAUCAAAGACUUCAUGUGCGAGCUGUGCGGGAAGACGUUCAGCGAGAGGACGACGCUGGAGACGCACAAACUCAUCCACACAGUGGGGAAGACGUGGACGUGCGCCACCUGCGAUAAGAAGUACCUGACGGAGUACAUGCUGCAGAAGCACGUGCACCUGACCCACGAGAAGGUGGAGGCGCAGUCCUGCCACCUGUGCGGCACCAAAGUGUCGACGCGCGCCUCCAUGAACCGCCACCUGCGGCGCAAACACCCCGAGGUGGUGGCGGUGAGAAUCAGCGACUUCGACGAUCUUCAGGAGAAUUCCACAAUCAACGACUCGUCGAUCAGCAUCGUGCAGCCCACCCUGACCCUGGAGAAAGACGGCCUGGCGCCGGAGCGGCCCCCCCGGCCGGCCCGCCACUCCAAGAAGAGGCAGCGGGCGGCGGCCGAGCCGGAGCUCUCCGAGUCGGACGAGUACGCCGAGUUCGGCGAGCCGCGGCACGAGACCAUGACGGAGUUCAACACGGUGAUCAUCGGCGACGAGACGGAGACCAGCUCGGCCGUGCAGAGCAUCCAGCAGGUGGUGGUCCUCACCGACCCCGGCGCCGCCGCCGCCGCCGCCCCCUCCCCCAGCAGCUCGGUGGGGCUGACCAACAUCACGGUGACGCCCAUCAGCAGCCACGCCCCCGCCCAGUUCACCAGCCUGCAGCCGGUGGCGGUGGGCCACCUGACGGCGGGCGACCGGCCGCUCACGCUGGACAACUCCAUCCUCACCGUCACCUUCGACGCCGUCAGCGGCUCCGCCAUGCUGCACAACCGGCCCGCCGAGCUGGUGCCCGAGACGGUGGGGCCCGCCGGCAGCGGCGGCGGCGGGGGGGCGGCGCCGCAGUCCGUGGCGCACUUCAUCAACCUCACCACGCUGGUCAACCCCGUCGGCCACCAGCUGGACGCCCCCACGCUGGCCUGGAGGCCCGUGGCGGGGGCUGAGGGCGUCCCGGCGGCGGCGCCGGUGCCGGAGGCCGGGCCGGGGGAGGUGCCGGACGUCCAGGGGCAGCCGGGGCGGGGCGGCCAGAGCCAGGCGGCGCCGCAGGGCGGCUCCACGCAGCAGAUGUUCAGCUACUGAAGGCCGGCGGAGGCGCCGGUCGCCUCCCGCCGCCGUUUCACCGGAGGAUGGACUUUAUGAGACUCUGACCGCCGCCACCCCGCUGCCUCUCCAGACACUCAUCUCCAGUUCUUUCUUUUUAAAUCGCCACUAGUAGCUGUUACGACUGAGAGCGCGGCGGGAUCGGUGACCCCGCCCCCCUCCCCCCCGACCCCCCUGACCCCCUUGACCUGGGAAACCAAAGCGACUCCUCUCAGAUGCCUUACAGCCCGACUGACCCCGCAUGGCGUCUCCCUCCGACCUGCUGCUCUCACACCGGGGGGGACCACGGAUGAAAUCUUAUUUUUAAAUGCUGUAAUUAUUGUUUAACCUCUCUGGAAAGAAAA